AACGGCCCCCUAAUUCCAGCCUCCCUCUCGUCCCUCGUCCCUCUCCCUGCGAUUUUCUGUCGAUUCCUCUCAUCGGAAGCGAAAAUGCGUGAGAUCCUUCACAUCCAGGGUGGCCAGUGCGGCAACCAGAUUGGAGCUAAGUUUUGGGAGGUUGUGUGUGCCGAGCACGGCAUCGACUCCACCGGAUGCUACCACGGGGACUCCGAUCUCCAACUGGAGAGACUCAAUGUUUAUUACAACGAGGCCAGUUCCGCCAGGUACGUUCCUCGUGCUGUUCUCAUGGAUCUUGAGCCCGGAACUAUGGACAGCAUCAGGUCUGGUCCCUAUGGCCAGAUUUUCAGGCCGGAUAACUUCGUGUUUGGCCAGUCUGGUGCUGGUAACAACUGGGCGAAAGGGCAUUACACCGAAGGUGCUGAGUUGAUCGAUUCCGUUCUUGAUGUCGUUCGGAAAGAGGCGGAGAAUUGUGAUUGCUUGCAAGGGUUUCAGGUUUGCCAUUCUUUGGGAGGUGGAACUGGCUCAGGAAUGGGGACACUGUUAAUAUCGAAGAUCAGGGAGGAAUACCCUGAUAGGAUGAUGUUGACAUUUUCUGUGUUCCCAUCCCCGAAGGUCUCUGAUACAGUUGUGGAACCAUACAAUGCGACUUUAUCCGUUCACCAGUUGGUCGAAAAUGCCGAUGAGUGCAUGGUGCUAGACAAUGAGGCCUUAUAUGACAUUUGUUUCCGAACACUUAAGCUCACAACACCUAGCUUUGGUGAUCUGAAUCACUUGAUAUCUGCAACGAUGUCUGGGGUCACAUGCUGUCUAAGAUUCCCUGGACAGCUCAAUUCUGAUCUCCGGAAACUUGCAGUGAAUCUCAUUCCAUUCCCUCGCCUCCACUUCUUCAUGGUGGGUUUUGCUCCUCUCACUUCCAGGGGCUCUCAGCAGUACCGUGCUCUGUCAGUUCCUGAGCUGACUCAGCAAAUGUGGGAUGCAAAGAACAUGAUGUGUGCAGCUGAUCCCCGACAUGGCAGAUAUCUCACAGCAUCAGCCAUGUUUCGGGGCAAGAUGAGCACCAAGGAAGUGGAUGAGCAGAUGCUGAAUGUGCAGAACAAGAACUCCUCCUACUUUGUUGAGUGGAUCCCCAACAAUGUGAAAUCAACAGUCUGCGAUAUCCCACCCACUGGCCUCAAGAUGGCUUCAACAUUCAUUGGCAAUUCAACAUCCAUCCAAGAGAUGUUCAGGCGGGUGAGUGAGCAGUUCACAGCCAUGUUCAGGAGGAAAGCUUUCUUGCAUUGGUAUACUGGGGAGGGGAUGGAUGAGAUGGAAUUUACCGAGGCAGAGAGCAACAUGAAUGAUCUUGUAUCAGAGUACCAGCAGUACCAGGAUGCAACAGCGGAUGAGGAAGGAGAUUAUGAGGAUGAGGAGGCAGAAUAUCAGGAUUAAGUAUGAGAUAAACCUCCAACCCCCAGUUGCUGGAUGAAUGCGAAAAUCCUAGAAAUUGUGAGAGACCAAGAAAUUUUUCUUUUUUUGCUGUAUGAACUUUAAAGUUGCAAUUCUUCCUUGAAAUUUAACAAUACCAUCCUUCAUGCCCUUCUAGUAUUCUCAUUCUUAAUUCUUCUUUGGAAUUUGACAGUACUAUUCU